AUGUCUGAGGCGAAUCCAUAUAUAGAUUCUCAGCAAUUCAUGACGAAAGAUGAAUUAAAAGAGCAUUUAUCCAGAUCUGGAGAACUUGACCAUAUUAAGUCUUUAUUUGCUAGCUUGCUCGCCAGCAACGAUUUACGACAAAAUAGACCAAGCUUAAAAGAGCCUUUAAAGCAAUUAGUUUGCAGUUUAAUCGACGAACUAACUGAGCCAUCACUAAAUGAUGGAUCAGAAGAAACUAGGGUAUCAGUUGAUAACUCAGUCACAAGUCCACGUCGAAUUCCUGAAAAUUCUGCUUCACUGAUGAGCUUGGUAGCUCAAAGAAAGGAAAAUUUAAAAAAUAACGAUGACCCCCCCUCAAUCUUCAUGUCUACUACAACAAAAAUUUUUCGAAAAAAUCUUCAUGCCUACUGCAACACAACAUUUUUAUAAAAAAAAUUUAAUCCAUUUUUCUCUAGGUGAGUUUCUAAAAAAAACCCAUAAAACAGCGCUACUGUAGACGUGUCAAUGACCUUUUAUCGAGAUUUGGACGGCUAUUGCCAUCGCUCGCCAUUUUAUUAAACUUAUCUAGCUAAAAAGUACGGAAAAAUUUAAGAUCGCAUCGAAAAUUUGUUUGCAAGAGGAUUAGGAUUAAGAUUAUUACAGACAGGCGCUAGCCAUAUUGAUGGCGUAGUCAUUAAAGACCUCCAGUACGGAUGGUUCUAUCGCUUUUCGACUCCAGCCCAGAGGAUCUAUCCCUCUUACGAGUGCCCUUCCGGUACCUUCUGUCUCCUCCUUGCCUUUGGAGUUCAGUCUUGAGUGGGCGGCUUAUGGAUUUCUGCGGCCCUGCUACGGGCGAUUGGAGUAGCUUAUUCCAAGGAUCAGCUCUUAGAGUCUAUUGGGUAUCAAAGUGCCUUUCUUCGACAGCUGCAGGAAAAGACUGUUCCCCUUUGGCCUGUGCUGAAACCCCCAGUUUCUCGUUAGAGGAAUGCCCAUGGGUCCUCGGAUCCAAGGACGUUGUUGAGCACCUCCAUUUCCAACCACAGGAAAGCAGCCAAAACCUACCCGGAUAUACACUUCUUGAGCUUGCGUCUGAUUCUCGGCUCGGAGUCCGUCCCAGCUCGCUGUAGCCAUAAGGUCUGGACUGCUGCGCCAAGAGGGCAGGUUGGCACGUGUCGCCAUUUUAAUGUAUAUAAUUUGUUGCAAGAGACACGAAAAUUAUUAUUUUUUUUAUAUAAAAAUUUAUAUUAAAAAAUUACAUUUUUGUUGCAAUAGACAUUAAGAUUGAGGGGGUCAUCGUUAGAAUAAGAAUGAGCAAAAGUAGGACACCUUUGAACGUCAUACCAACUUCUGAAGUGUCUCAAAGCCAGACUAGUAAAAAUUUGCACAGUUCAAUCAGUAGAAUUGAGCUAUUCUUUUGAUAUAUGAAUUUUUUACAGUCUAAAAGUCAAUUAACUAUAUCUCGUCUCAUUAAACAAAAUAUUAUUAUAUCCAUAUGAUAAUUAAUUCAAUCUAAUAAAGUAUGUCAAGAUCAAAGCAAUUAUCUUCUCAUUUUUCAGAGUUUAGCAAUAUAACUGGUUGCGGCAGUUUCACUACUGCUAAAAGAAGACUCCUUGAAAUCGAUUUAAAAAGCCCAGGACCAGCAGCCUAUGCAUAUGAUGAAAAUAUAAUAAAGGGCCAAUCUCCUAAAGCAAUAAUCCCAUCAAACAGUAAAAGAUAUUCUUAUUUAAAUGAGACAGCAAGUCCUGGACCUAAUUAUUACUACCCAUCUCGCCAUUUCAUGGCUAAAUAUUAA